ACAAAGCGUGGGUGAACGCGGAGCGCAGAGUCAGUGAUUGUCUUGGAAUGAGGGAGCGAGUGAUGCCAUUUGGACGGUGCCAAGACCCAGCCAGAGUGACCGCUCCUCCUGCUGCUUCUGCUGCUGCUGGCGCACGAUUCGUCUGAAGCUCACCUUUAUUAAAAAAGGAGUUUCCAGGAGUUUCAUUGGAGAAAUAGCCUAGUAGAAGAAGAAAUACUGGCGGGAGAUAGUUGGUCGUAGAAGGUUGACCCGACCUCCACUUUAACAGCAGCGAUGCGAUUGAACUUUACCACCAGUUGGAUAUUUCAGGGUUGGAUCACCUUGUUCGUGUUGGCCCUUUACGCACAGAAAACCUUCGCUAAAUCCAUCCAGUGUGGGCUUAACCAGUACCAAAUCAAAGGAUCGAAGUGUUGUGACCUGUGUGGACCAGGUUUCCGAUUGAAUAUUGAGUGCAGCGGCUCAAAGGAAACCAAAUGUUUGAGGUGUAGUUCAGGUGAAUACCAGCCAGGAUGGACCCAGGAGAAGAAAUGUCUCCCGCUGAGUACCUGUGAUAAGGGAAAGGGCUUCAUGCCGCGCCCUGAGAACCCGCUGGCUGAGGAGCCGUGUAGAUGCCGGCCCGGCCUGCAGUGCUCACUCAUCAACUGUGAGUACUGCGAGGCCAUGCCCACCUGCGGCCCCGGCUCCGGACUGGAGCCUGACCUCGAGUCAACCACAGGGCGGAGGGCCUGUGCUCCCUGUAAGAGAGGCUUCUUUUCAAACGACGAGAACCAGGAACCAUGCACACAGUGGAUGAGCUGUAAGAGCCUGGGGAGAAGUGAGCUGCAGCCGGCCAGCCCCAAGAACGAUGCCGUCUGCGGACCCCUUGUCACGGGUGGGGCCACCUCCUGGGUGAUUGUGUCGGUGCUGUCCGUCAUCACCGUUCUCUCUCUGCUCAUACUGCUGCUCUUCUGCUAUAAGGACAAGCUGAAGCUGCUGUCUGUUAACCUGCGAUCGUGCAUUCAGAACCUGAAGAGAACGAGGAUCCAACAGGAAACUCUGGCCCCGCUCUACCACAGCGGAGCCCGGACAUUGGGGGCCGGGGCCACAGAGGUGGGCCCCGGGGAGUCCAACUUCAUCAUGUGUGAGACCACCAAGCUCAUCUGCCAAGCUCCCCACUCGCUUCCCCCGGAGCCCCUGUACCCUGGUCUGACCCACAGCCCCUCCGACGACGCCAAAGUCUCCAUGCUCUGCACGGCUCGCACUGAGGUGUCCGACCAGGAACGGGAACAGGAAGUGAUGUCGCCGAGGAGGAAGCUGGCCGCCGAGGAAGGGAGUGAGCGGUCGGGAGAGCCCGAGGAGGUGUCCGACGACGAAGGAGGAGGGGAGGAGAAGCCCCUGGAGGUGGGGGAGAACGAGGACUGCAGCCAGGCGGUCAGCCACGAGGCCCUCAGUGCCUGCUCCUGUGGUGGGAGGGGGCAGGGCAGAGGGAGGGACCACGAAGUGCCGAGGAGGAGAGAGGAGGGGUCGGAGGUCACGAGCAGAGCCAAGGGCGGCGGCGGCGGCGGUGAGAGCAGCGAAAGUUCGGGCUCCUCUCUCAUCCACCCUGGUACCCCCACCGUAAGGGUCCCAUCCAGCCCAGUCCCCCCACAUACCCAGACCCAGACCAGGACCCGGCCGGAGCACAAACCCCACCCUUCUGAGAGGCCACACGUGCAAAGUCUAGAGACUAUUAGACUGACGAGCAUGGACUCUGACUCAACGAAAACAAGCGCACCCUCCAAAGCGUUCGUCCCUUCAUCGCCCCCUAAACCCGUCCCCCUCCUGAUGUCCCCACUGCCCGCCGGAGACCUCUACCUAGGGAAGACCCACGAGGCCCCCAACACACCAGAGUGGAGCCAGGGAGUUUCCUGGGGGCCCAGUGGAGGGAAUAAGCUCCUCUCUGGGGGUCUGGAACUGGAGUGCCCCCCUGAGAGUCUCCAGAGUCAGCUGGCUGAACCAGCCCCUACCUCAGGUCAGGUGACCGGAAACCACAACACCACCUUCAUCUCCAACGGCCAGGUGAUGAACUUCAGCGGCGACGUCAUCGUCGUCUACGUCAGUCAGUCUUCGGUGGGGGAGGAGGAAGGGGCGGAGCCUGGCGCGGCCUUCGGCAGCCCCGUCCAGGAGCAGGCUAACGACUUGCUCCGGAGCUGCCAGCGCCAACACCAUGGGACGCCGGGGGACUCCAUUACCCAGAAUGCCUGCCAUGCUAGCACCCUGCCAGUCCAGGAAGUGAUGGCUGAUUGGUCGAGAGGGAAGUGAGGCAGGACUUAUGAUGGCCCUGACCCCGAUUUUAGUUUUCAGUUAUGAGAGAACUAUGUUUUAUUUUGUAAUGUUGAUGUCUUUCUGUCCUCUUCUUCAUCUUCCAAGGGGUUUUGGAAUAAGGGCUUUUUUUUUCUUCUCCAGGAAAGUAAUUCUCUUUUGAUUCAUAAUCAUAUUUAUUAGUUUGUAAACUGAGACAUUGAAGCAAGGCUGUAUUCAUAUCCCCAAGGGUGCCUCUGCACUGAAGCUCAUAGCUCACACACACACACACACACACACACACACACACACACACACACACACACACACACACACACACACACACACACACACACACACACACACACACACACACUACGACCACCCCCGCGACCCACCCCACCCAUUAAACCCCACCUUAAGUACUUUUAGCUCCAGUCAGGAUGGCAUGUCAAAUCCAACAGACCAUACUCUCACACCUAAAAGCUGACUCACCAGUCCUGGGAGACAGCUCCAUACACACGUACUGCCAUUUCACUCGCAAAUCCCAAGACAAAGAAACCAUGUAUUAAAUCAUCCGAAUAGUGACAGUGGAUGACACUAGACUAUGGCAAUAUUGGUGUUGAAACCAGCCAAGCAAACACAUCAUACCAGUUAUGAUUCAUAAAUAAUAUUGUGACUGAUGAGGAAUAAGCAACAAUUACUUCCUACGGUAAUCAUACUGCAUGGCUGAAUCCAGGUUUCAAAAUAAGGCUCGCUAAGUGUGUCAGGCCACUUCCGAAACAAACACAUCAGGAAGCUGAGAAACCGACAGCCUAUUGCAGCAUCAGCUCUUGCUCACCAAUGAAACAAUCCAUCAUGACACUUAGCUUCUUGGGAAAAACGUGUAUUCCACUCUGAUUGGGUGGUCAAGAUCAGGAGAAUGUGUCAAGCAUUGAGUCCUACUUCUGUGGAGCCUGGCAUAAAAAAAAACAAAAAAACAAUUCAUACAUUAGAAAAUAAUGAUCACCCAUCAUGGAAGGCCCUUUUGCACUCAGGGGGGCACUGGCACUGGGCCAGGUGCCCAUAUGGUAGAUCUGAGUUUGCAUUGAAGCAUUAAACUGUAUCAGUGAUCUCGUCAUGGUAUCCGGCCCUGUUAUUGCAUGUUCCGAAAUAUCGAUAUUAUUAUUUUUUUUUGGAGAGUAGAGAAUCAUUAGGUUGCAAGGUAAUGAGGUAGACGGAGAAAAUAUGUUAAACGCAUCAACCUUGGACACUCAACACAUUGUCUCACCAUUUUCUUUCUACUGGCAAAUUUCUUUCAACAAAAACAGUAGUUGCUGAAACUUGAUCCAACCAAUUCUGAAGACAGUGCCAUUCCUUUUCCAGCCGAGAGUUUAACUUUUUUUUUUACUUAUGAAAUCUCCCGUAAAUCCCCUAAAAACGAUGGGAAAGACUGAAAUGUUGGAUUGCUUUUUUUACCUUGUGGAAAUUAUGUGUGUAUCAUCUUAGAUUGGUCCAAACUGUCCCUUUUCAAAUCUGGAAAACAAGCAGGUGGAAUUUGCACAACCGCUGUAGCAAAAUGGCAGUUCCUUCGUCCAUUUUGAAUGCUUUGACCUAAAGUGGAUGUUAUACCGAUUUUACAAUAAACUUGUUAUUAUUUUUUUGAAUAAUAAGUGGUUGAAUUCAAAGGAUAACCUAAACUUAAUUGCGUGAUAUUAUCGGGAGUGAUUGUGUUAAGAAGUUCUCUUUUUCCUUUUCUUUCCUGGUAUGGGUUGUGGGGUUUUAGGCAUUUCACGGUUAAAAGACACGUCCAUUUUUGGUACGAUACUUAUUUAUCCUUUGUUUUUGGUUGAAGGUUGUUUUUUUGCUUCUUUAGUAUUGCACAACACGUGCAGUUUGGUUGAAAGAAAAAAAAAUGCUGUGCAUUUGUUAAUCUUUAUUACAACAUUAUUCCAUGUGUACGUAUCAAUGAAGAAAGUGAUAAUGUCAUCUCUAUUGUUCAAAAUAAUUGUUGUUCCAAGUAAAUUGUCGAUGAUUUGUUUCAAGAUGCUCAAAUGAUGCGUCUGUAGGCCUACAUAUUUUAUAAAACAAAAGUGCAUUAUGAUCGAGUGAAACCAAAGAUAACAUGUUCCGUAUGUGCCAUUGUGUCAAGUUUAUCAUGUGGUUAAGGGGCGCCAUUAAUGGCAGACAAAGCACGAUUGUCAAAAGUUAAAAGCGAGUGUUCAACCAAGGCACACGUAGCCCCUCAUUUUUCCAAAUCAAAAGCGCAAUAAAAUA